AUGGCGUCCCAGUCCGACUUCUUCUCGGCUAUGACCAACCGGUCGCUCCGCAACGUCCGAUCGGAACUUGAGUUUCUCGCAGACGCAUCAGUCAUUACUCCGCAACAGCUCUCAUCCAUUCUAUCGCAACUACCAAGGGACGAUGAACGCAGCAGAGCCCCCGUGCCUCAGCAGCAGCCACCAGUGCAACAACCACCUGUCGUCGCCCAGCAGCCCCCUGCCCCAUACUCUCCUCCUACGAACCAGUUUGCAAACACCACCUUGAACGAGAAGGCCACUUAUCAGCAGCCUCCUCCGCAGCAGUACUCAACCCCGCCUGUUCCGCCACCUGCUUAUCCCCAAGCUCCACCGGUACUGUCUAUCGCUUCAGCGCUCUAUGCCUACACUCCGACGGACCCCGGAGACUUGGCUCUGCAACCACACGAUCGUAUUCAAGUCUUGGAACACAUGAAUGCCGACUGGUGGCGUGGUCGUAAUGAGCGCACCAACCUCGAGGGUAUCUUCCCUCGGAGCUAUGUGAACGUGCUGAACGAAAAGGCCGUUUCGUCUCCUCCCCCGACCAACUAUGGAAACAUGCCUCUGGAAGUCAGCCAGAGUGGUUCGACGCCCCCUGGUGAAGAGGGCAAGAAGUCCAAGUUCGAGGAGCAGGGCAAGAAGUUUGGCAAGAAGAUGGGCAAUGCCGCUAUCUUCGGUGCCGGUGCUACGAUGGGUUCGAACAUUGUCAACAGCAUCUUCUAG